CGUUUUCUUUUUUUUCGUUGUGUUUUUUUUUUUCUUUCGGGUGGCGCGUUUUUGUGUACCUGGCGGGAAACCGCCCCCGCUUCGCACCACGGACGGCCCGCGCUGGCCCGCCGCUCCGCGGCUCAUCGACAUGCACGACUCGCGCCAUGCAACUCGAGCAUCACCAUCGGCGAUCUCCACGGACCAGGGAAUGGUCCAAGACACGACACAACCAGCAUUGCGGUUGACAUCAAAACACUACUUCAGAUCCAUGAUCGAAUUUUCCGUAUCGGACAGCAAAUUCCAGGCAGAUCGGAUGUCGAAUACUCAACUCAUUCAUUACAAGACGUGUAAGGGAACUACGAGAGCUGGGGCAAAGGUGAUGGAAGUAAUAGCAAGGGGAGGAGGAGGAGGAGGAGAAGGAGAGGGAGGAAAUGCAAGCGGAGGUGACUCGAGGUCGCGUUCUGUGAACGCUAUUGUUCACAAUGACCGCCGACGGCGGUUUGAGACCGAAGACGGCGAAGCGUUCUUGGAAUACCAUGUGAUCUCGGCUGGUCCUGUUCCUGGACCUGGUUUUCCUCAACAGGCAACGAAGCGAUCCAGAAGGAGUGGAGCAAGGGAGAGUGGGUCCUUGCAGUCAGAUGGUGAUAACACUACUGAGUCUCGGACACAUGACACAGCUGAUUACACUCCUGCUGAACGCACUCAAUCCGAGACUGCUGAGAACCGUUCUCAAGCUAAGUCUGUGCUCAAUUUGCGGCACACAUAUGUCCCUCCACGCAAGAGAGGGCUGGGAUUGGCUGCUUCACUUUGUUUUUUCGCCUUCGACUUCGCUAAGAAGAACAAUUUGGUUGUCUUACCAACGUGCAGCUAUAUUAAGGAUACUUUCUUGCCACAACACCCGGAGUUUCAGGAUAUAGUAGUUGCUGACUUGGCUCUCGUUGCUGAUGUUUCUCCUUCUCGUUCUCCUUCUUCUCCUCCUUCUCCUGUUCGUCCUUCGCGUGGUCAUUCUCAGGGGCGUCGACCAUCUGAUGAUGGCCAAUAUGGUAAAAAAACAGAAAAUGAGAGGGGAAGUGCUGGUAGCAGCAGGAGCAGAAGAAGUAUGAGGCCAGCGCUUUGACGUGAACAAGCGAAGCAACAAACGGGAAAGAUUAUAAUCUCUUGCUCCGCUAUCGACAUGGGACGGUUCGUGUGUUGGUGGCGCCUUGUCGGCACGGCUCUCUGCGAGGAAUAUCGAGAAGUUGAUGUGGGCAAUGGGGAGUACGGCGGCAGGCGAUGACGCGAGGUUCUGUUGGUUUUGUCUGGUGCGGCCAUGGACGUGAUGCUUCGGCUGAGGGUUCUUCCAGCCUUGUUAAUCUAGGCUGAAGAGGUCUCUUGCUCCGUGCUUCGUUUAUGUGGUGUCGCGAGAUGACACGCUAGAGGAAGGGGAGGCUGUCGGGUUGAUUAGGAUAGUCUUCAUGAGAUCUAGGGCAUGGUAGUGGCCCUGCUCCCAAGCUCCUGCGCGAACCUAGUGGAGGUUGGUUGGGCAGCGCGGGUAGAAGGUGAGGAGCAUCUUCUCAUGCGGAGUGGGAGGAGAGAGGCUUGUUACGAGCUGGAGCGUCAAAAAGAGCUGGCGGUUUCAAGCGUUCGUUUGAGCUGGUUCACCGGUUAAAGACACGGAAGCAGGGAGCAGCGUAAUAAUCACAGCGGCGAUGGAGCAGGAGAAUUUUGUGUGAACAUGUGUGGCGCUCUUCGCGUCGGCUGCCUUUUCAAUUUGAUUCGCUGAUCUUAAUUUUGUAUCUUCUAAUUUCCUAUAUUCUUGUUCUAAUCUAGUGCUUACACAGUUAUAAAUUCAGCUUCUUAAAUUUGGAAAAAUAAACUCACAAUCUUAUCCUCUAUGCAAUCAGACUCACUUUCUUUCACACUUCACAUGCAUGUAAACAGGUCGCACAGCAAACAGGCGACAAGCGCCCACUCAAAGCUCAGAGAUAUGGUAACCCAGAACACAGUUCAAAUACAAGCUCGCUUCAGAUGGCUAUGGCGCGUCAGCGCCUGUACAACUCUCUGUUCGUCACUGCGCUCCACUCUGCUGUUCACACACACUCAACUUAGGAUCACCCUGGAUAUCCCACACGCGACACACUGUACACACACGCACACAUACACUACACCCUUCUUCCAGCUAUGGCGGCUAUGGCCGCUACUACCUCUACCGCGAUGGCUAAACUCUCCUUCUCGCCCACUUCGCCUUCAGGCAUACUGCAGACCACCUCGCACAAGUCACUGUAGCAGGGCUUCCGCAUGGCUUACCCAGGAGUGAAUGAAUGGCUGGGCGCUGCCUCUUGAUUUAUACGUCUGUAACUCGUUGGUCUGCCCCUUUCCCAUGCCCGUGGUGCACACAGUCCCAUACGGUACUUGCUUGACUGGACUAGGACUGACUGGGACUGGUACCGCUGACUCAGCGAGGGUGGACUUCACCACUUGCCCACUUGCCUCUGUCUAGACGUGAGCCAACUUCGAAAGGCCACUACUCUGACCUUCCGGAAGUCUGUAGUCCUGGCCUUUUGAAUACUGUAGCAGCUACGACCUUGACCUUUCAGAAUUCCUACAGCUUCGACUUCUAGAACUUCCUAAGACCUCUAUCCGACAGGUCUACAGAUCGAACCUCGACAACCUACGGACCCUACGACAGUCUGCCAACUGUUACGAAUACACAGGUCACGGGUUCAACCCUCGGGGUCGACGCAGGUAAUGUACACAGGUAAGGUAAGUCUAGGGAUCGAGCCCUGGGAUCUGCAUUCGCUACUGCUAGCAGGUGAAUACCGUUUCACUCUAUUUUCUGAUCAGCCAAAUUCUCAUCUACAUGUACACACAUACCCUUGAAAUUCGACUAUAAUUUCUAAUAAAAGUCCCAAGUAUUC